UAAUCAACCCUAAUCUUUCGUCAGAAUACCCAAAAGGUUCACUCUUCUGGUCUCGCCCAAUCUCUCCCCGCAAGUGCACACCGAUCUCUCUCCCUAAAAAUCUCUCUCUGUAUCUAAUCGCAGACUCCGACGGUUUCUUUUGAGUGUAUUGCGGAAAUCAUCAUUUCUUACUCCUCAGUCAGUUCAUUUGCAAGGUUCAGUUGAGUUGCAUAUAGAUUUGAGGGAGUUUCUCUUUGUAGCAUUAUUACCAUCAAAGGCUGACUAUAGCAGUGAUAAGGUGGAGCUUUUAACCAGUGUGUAUGGAGGAUCACAAUUUCGAUGUUGGUCAAGAAUUUCCUGAUGUCAAGGCCUUCCGGAAUGCAAUUAAAGAAGCUGCAAUUGCACAACACUUCGAGCUUCGUAUUAUAAAAAGUGACCUGAUUCGCUAUUUUGCAAAGUGUGCCACAGAAGGUUGUCCAUGGCGCAUUCGUGCUGUUAAGCUUCCUAAUGCCCCUACAUUCACAAUAAGAAGCCUUGAAAAGACGCAUACUUGUGGGAAAAAUGCACAAAAUGGGCAUCACCAGGCUUCUGUGGACUGGAUUGUGAAUUUUAUUGAAGAACGUCUGCGAGAUAACAUAAACUAUAAACCUAAAGAUAUUUUGCAUGACAUCCAGCAACAAUAUGGGAUUACUAUACCAUAUAAGCAAGCUUGGCGAGCCAAGGAAAGAGGGCUUGCAGCAAUUUAUGGCUCUUCUGAAGAAGGAUACUGCCUCCUUCCUGGAUACUGUGAGCAAAUAAAAAGAACCAAUCCAGGAAGUAUUGCAGAGGUGUUCACUGCUGGUGCAGAUUCUCGAUUUCAGCGGCUCUUUGUUUCCUUUUAUGCUUCUAUAUACGGAUUCCUGAAUGGUUGCUUACCCAUUGUUGGGCUUGGUGGAAUUCAGCUUAAAAGCAAAUACCUUGGCACCUUACUUUCAGCGACUUCUUUUGAUGCUGAUGGUGGGUUGUUUCCGCUUGCUUUUGGUAUUGUUGAUGUAGAAAAUGAUGAGAGCUGGAUGUGGUUCCUGUCAGAAUUACAUAAGGCACUUGAGAUAAACACAGAAAAGAUCCCACACCUUACAUUUUUAUCAGAUGGACAAAAAGGCAUUGUAGAUGUGGUGAAAAGGAAAUUCCCUAGUUCUUCUCAUGCAUUUUGCAUGCGGUACUUGAGUGAAAGCAUUGGCAAAGAAUUUAAGAAUUCAAGGCUUGUCCAUCUUUUGUGGAAAGCUGCACAUUCCACUACUUCCACUGGUUUUAAAGAAAAGUUGGCAGAAAUUGAGGAGGUUUCUUCUGAAGCGGCAAACUGGCUUCAACAAUUUCCACCUUGCUGUUGGGCAUUGGUAUAUUUUGAAGGUACACGCUAUGGUCAUCUCUCUUCAAAUAUUGAUGAGUUCAAUAGAUGGAUUCUUGAAGCACGGGAGCUGCCUAUAAUUCAGGUGAUUGAGCGGAUUCACAGUAAAUUGAUGACUGAGUUUGAGGAACGGCGUUCAAAGUGUAAUUCCUGGUUUUCUGUGCUUGCCCCAUCUGCUGAGCUUCGUAUGAUGGAAGCAAUUAAUCGUUCUUCGAUAUAUCAAGUCCUAAGAUCAGAUGAUGUGGAAUUCGAGGUUCUAUCAGCAGAGCGAUCAGACAUUGUGAACAUUGGGACGCAUUGUUGCUCUUGCCGUGAUUGGCAAUUGUAUGGAAUACCAUGCUCCCAUGCUGUUGCAGCCCUCAUCUCAUCUAGAAAAGAUGUGUAUGCUUUCACAGAAAAGUGUUUUACUGUGGCUAGUUAUCGGGAGACAUAUAUAGAAGAGAUACACCCCAUCCCCAGUAAAAUUGAAUGGAAUAAAGAAGACGAGGCCCCUAUGGAUGAUGAAAAGCAAGUAGUGCGGCCGCCGAAGUUUCGUCGACCACCAGGACGACCGGAAAAGAAGCGAAUUUGUGUAGAGGACCUUAAUCGUGAAAAGCAUACAGUGCAUUGUAGUCGAUGCAACCAAACAGGACACUAUAAGACAACUUGCAAAGCAGAAACUAUAAAGAGUAUAGAACAGUUUUAGAUGUUAGUUUUGUGCUUGUAGAAAUUACUUGGACAAUUAGUUCUUACAACUUUGAGCUGAGUUGUGUUGACUUGUUUAGGCGACACUAGCCAUGCAGGUGUUGUAAAAUAGUGUAUCUGCAUUGUAAUUAUUAUGUAUUUGUCUUGGUGAGUUUUAGGAAUGGAAGGAUUUUGUUUGCUGCUGUAUACGUAAAAACAUAUUUGUUA